AUGCCAUGGAGGAAGGCUGGGACUUCACCAAACUGAACGACGAGGAAUACGAGGAGUUUUGUGUCUACAUUGUCCAGGACAGGCAGUGCGAGGAUGUGUGCCACAAUCGCGCUCAGGCAUCUUUACCACGAAACCUCACUCUGAGGCCGUCCCUCAUUAACACAGAC